AAAUGAAAUUGAGUUCCUCCUUCGCUAAGUUCUUGUUAUUGCCCCCAGCUCUCAAUUGGGGGGCUUCCCUCACUCCCCCUCUUCCUCCUCCCUCUUUCUUCUUCUUCCUCACUAUCCCUCUUUACUUUUCUUAAAAGAUCUCAAUUCUCUUGAGUCUUAUUCUCAAAUUAAAUGAGUUAAAUUCAAACUGAAACUCCAACCUAAAAAUUUAAUUUGAGUUCAGGGUUUGUCAGUGUUGUUGAACAAGAGCUAUUGUUCUUUUCUUUCUUUGUUUUCGCUAUCUCAUGGACAUAAGCCUCUUCACAAAUCCUAAAGAACCUCAAUUCUCCUACACCUUCUUCUGUCCCAACAAUAAUGGUGAUCACGUAGCCCUAGACAUGCACAGCAAAAACAAUCAACAACUUCCCCAACAUAGCCAUACUUCCACCAGCCGUUCAUCAGCUGAGUCAGCAGGCGGUGUUGCCGCAGAACACACCGCUGACCCCUAUGGAGACGCCGCCGGCGACAAAUGGGCGUCAAACCUUCUAAAGGAAUGCGCUAGAGCCAUCUCCGACAAGGACUCUAGCAAAAUUCAUCACCUUCUAUGGAUGUUAAACGAGCUAGCUUCACCCUAUGGAGAUUGCAAUCAGAAAUUAGCUUCUUAUUUUCUCCAAGCCCUUUUCUGCAAAGCCACUGAAUCCGGCCAACGUUGCUACAAAACCCUAACGGCCGUCACUGAAAAGAACCACUCAUUCGACUCAGCUCGUAAAUUGAUCCUCCAGUUUCAAGAGGUAAGCCCAUGGACAACAUUCGGUCAUGUCGCCUCAAACGGCGCAAUUUUAGAAGCUUUAGAAGGAGAAACAAAGCUUCACAUAAUUGAUAUCAGUAACACGCUUUGCACCCAAUGGCCGACGUUGCUUGAAGCUUUAGCCACCAGAAACGACGAGACCCCCCACCUGAAACUCACCGUCGUGGUGACUGAAACCCUCGUCCGAUCAGUGAUGAAAGAAAUCGGACAAAGAAUGGCGAAAUUCGCUCGCUUAAUGGGCGUCCCGUUUGAGUUCAAUGCGAUAAGUGGGCUAAAUCAUAUAGCAGAGUUAACAAAAGAAACACUGGGCGUCAAAGACGAUGAAGCCGUUGCUGUAAAUUGCAUUGGGGCGAUGAGGAGAGUCGCCAUAGACGAAAGAGAGCUCGUAAUCCAAAUGUUCCAUUCACUCGGACCUAAAAUCGUGACAAUUGUUGAAGAAGAAGCUGAUUUCACAAGCUCAAAAUACGACUUCGUUUGGUGUUUUGAAGAAUGCCUUAGAUUUUACACAUUGUACUUUGAGAUGCUUCAAGAGAGCUUCCCCAUGACGAGCAAUGAAAGAUUAACGCUAGAGAGGGAAUGUUCGAGGAACAUAGUUAGGGUUUUGGCGUGCGAAGAAGAUGAAAAUUAUGAAGAAGAAUGUGAAAGAAGAGAAAGAGGAAGACAAUGGAGUGAAAAAUUCAUGGCUAAUAAUUUUUCCCCAUCUGGGUUCAGUGACGAUGUUGUGGAUGAUGUUAAGGCUUUGUUGAAGAGAUACAAAGCAGGAUGGGCAUUGGUAACGUUACCACAACAGCAAGGUGCAGAUAAUAAUAGUACUAAUAAUGAUAAUCACCAUGAAAAUGCGGGGAUUUAUUUGACAUGGAAGGAGGAACCAGUGGUGUGGGCAUCAGCAUGGAAACCCUAAGUAAAAUUUCGUGAAUUAUUUCUUUUUUAUGGAUGAUAAAGAAGAAGAAUAUUUUCUGGAGAUCUUUUCAUGCAUAUUUGUGGUAGUUUUAAUAAUUAUUUAAGUAUUGGAUCAGUGAAUAUUUUUUAUUUUUCAUUUUAUUUUAUAUAUGUGUGUGUGUGUGUGUGUGUGUGUUCAAUUUCUCAUAUUUGGAUUGCUUCUUCUCAUCCCUAUGUGGGGAAUUAUUGUAACAAAUUAUUUCUUAAUAUAUAUUAUAUAUAUAAUGAAUUCAAGAUGAAA